AUGACUAAAAAAUUACCUCAAAACUUGAAAGGAAAACAACAAUUAGAUGUGCUUCACACUAUUUUGAAAUCUCAACAAAAAUAUAAAAAAGUGGCAAAAGAUGCUCGUUUCAUGGUGAAAUUAUUGAAACGAAUGCGGGAGAAAAUUUCGUCGGGUGAACCCAAUGUCCUUUGUUCAAAAUAUGAAUCAGUUGGUCGAAUAGGGACCUCCUAUGAACUUGUUUCUAACCAUAUACAAGAUUCUAAUGAAACAAGGUUGAAUGUGAAAUUUAAUUCUGAUGACGAAACUUCUGAUUCUUCAUGUUCACCAUCUUGCUCAUCCUCUGAUGAUGACCGUAAAAUUGGAUUUUCGCAAAAACAAUUGGCCGACGAACUAGUGGAUUUAUCACCAAAUAAAGACGUCGGUUUGAAAUUGGUUAAAGUUAUUGGUGUGUAUCUGAGUAGACGAGUGUUACCAAGUAAACCAGCAUUAUUGAAAGCAAUUGUUUUAUGGGUUAAUCGGGAGAAAACAAGAAAAUAUUGUUAA